CGGGGGCCGCGACUGGGGCCGGUGAUACCCCCGAGGCAGCCGCUCCCUCCCUCUGCUGAGGCAGCCGCGCCGUGCCGUUGCAGAUGAGCAGGGUGCGGGCGGACGAGGAGGAGUACUGGCACAGCUCCAAGUUCCGGGCCUUCACCUUCGACGACGAGGAUGACGAGCUCUCGCAGCUGAAGGAAUCCAAACGGGCAGUGAACAGCCUUCGCGACAUUGUUGAUGAUGAUGAUGAUGACCUCGAGAGGGUCAGCUGGAGUGGAGAACCUGUGGGAAGUAUCUCCUGGUCAAUCAAAGAGACAGCUUCUGGCAGCACUAGCUCCCUGGAUGGCCGAGACUCCAGCCUACAGAAAGGCUCUUCCUCCUAUGCUGCUCUUCCCAAACAAGCUUCUUCCUACUCCCUGAGCAGCCUGUUCAAAGGACGAAACAAACUCUCAAGUUUCCAGUCCCUUUCAGAUGCCCUCACUGACACAGGAAUUAAAAACUAUGCCCCAGAGCUGCGCAGACCAAAAGCUGAGUACAAGGAUUACAGCAGUGACUGGAGCCCCAAAGAUACAGUCAGGCGAAUGCAGAGGGGCAAGGUCUGCUCUCUAGAGAGAUUUCGCUCCCUGCAGGACAAGCUGGUGCUGUUGGAUGAAGCUGUGGCAGGGCAUGAUGGGAAUGUCAUUACAGCUGUCUUGAUAUUCCUGAAACGGACGCUGAGGAGAGAGAUCUUGUUUCGGGAGCUGGAGGUGCGGCAGGUGGCCUUGUGCCAUCUGAUCCAUUUCCUCAGAGAGACGGGUGAGCAGAAGUUCCUUCUGGAUCUGCUCAGGUUCUUAGACAGAACUGAGGAAGUUGCUCUGUCUCAGUACCGGGAGCAUCUGAACAUCCAGGAUGUAGAAAAAAGGAGGGAAUUUCUGAAAGGUUGCAUUGGGCUGCCAUUUUCAGCUGAGGAUACCUCCCACAUCCAAGACCAUUAUACCCUGCUGGAGCGACAGAUCAUCAUUGAGGCUAAUGAUCGACACUUGGAGAUGGCUGGGCAGUCAGAGCUAUUUCGGAAAUAUCCUCGCAAGGCUUCAAUUCUCAACAUGCCACUAGUGACCACCCUCUUCUAUUCCUGUUUCUACCACUACACAGAGGCUGAGGGAAUGUUCAGCAGCCCCACCAACCUGAAGAAGACAUUUAAGAUUCCUGAUAAGCAGUAUGUGCUGACUGCCCUGGCAGCCCGUGCCAAGCUGCGGGCAUGGGGUGAUGUGGAUGCCCUCCUCACCACCAAGAACUGGCUGGGUUACACCAAGAAGAAGGCACCUAUUGGCUUCCACCGGGUGGUGGAGAUCUUGCAGAGGAACAAUGCUCCUGUGCAGGUGCUGCAGGAGUACGUGCGCCUGGUGGAAGAUGUGGAGACCCGGCUCAACCUCGCUACCAAAUACAAGUGCCAUGAUGUUGUCAUAGAGACCUACCGGGAUCUAAAGGAUCGUAUCCAGCUGACAGCUUAUAAAUGCAAAGUGGAGCGGGGCUCUGCAGAAGAAGAGAAGAUAAACAGCAUUCUCAGCAACAUGCAAAUCCGGUGGAAGAACUGAACACGUGUGAAACAGCCUGCUUGACCGUCACCUUGUCACUGAAAGAGGGAACUGCAAAACCCAGUCCAGUGCCAACAGAGCAGCUCUGUUACUACUCAUUGCAUGAUCAACGUUUGUCCGUGGCAGUGGGUGCCCGUGGCUUGUGGGACCAUGGCGUUCAGGCUGGUUGAAGACAGCUGCUAAAAUGUAGCUGGCAAAACCAUGCAGGAUAACCUGGAAACAGGCAGACCAGGACCAUGGCUAUGUGGGUUUUCAGUAUCAUCACUGGAGAUGACUCAGCGUCUCUGGGAAACCUGUUCUGAAUUUGGCAACACUCACAGUAAAAGGCCUGAACAGCAUCAUGUGGUAGAAUCUGCCUCACCAGAAGGCACUGAAACUAAGCAAUGACUUCAGCUUUCCUGAAUGCUGCUUCAUCUGUGCAGAGCAAAAACUUUCCUGUGUGCAAGAGUUUUGUCAGCAAAGAUUUUGCUUCUUCAGUUACUUCAGAGGAGAAAGACAGUUGAAUGCUGAGGUACUUCUUGUCUCUGCUUUGCAACUUGCCUCAUCUCACAUAAAGCUUGGGCUGCCUUGUUGGGUUGGAGAGUGUUGUCCUUAGGACCACAUCUCUGCUCCAGGAAUUCCAUUAGAUGAUGUAUUAGCAACAGAGGACCUGGACUGAGUUAUUUUGUCCCUAGAUCCUACUUAAUCAGGGUUGUCUGAAGCAACUGAUCAAGACUAGGGCAUUGGAUGAAAAAAAAAAAAAAAAAUCCUAUGGGAAUAUAUAGAGAGGACAGUUCUUGGGGGUAAUGAUCUUAUGAUAGUUCAUAAACUGGACUAUUGAGGAUGUUAAGAUGGGAAGGCUGCUUGAGGAAAAGGAUUCUUGCCUUUGGAGGACUACUCUGGGGCCAUUAGUCUCAAUUUUACUUCACUUGACUGACUGAUGCCUGCAACAUUUUAUAUUCAGUUCUCUGAGUCUGAUGGUUUCUCAAAGACCCAAGAAGGAGUCUUGUAGUCAGACACUGAAUAAAACCGCUAUCAUUAUUAGCAAGCUGCUUUGGACAGUUGUUGCCAGCAAAUAUUUCCACUUGUUUUCCCUUCCCAGAACCUUCCCCUGGUUUGACCUGACAGCUGUGUCACUGAGAAAGUCUCUCUUUAGCCAGCUGCUAGAAAAGAAAGAGCUUGUCUGGUGCCAUCUGAUGCCUGGUGCUCUACUGUACCAGGCACCCUCUGGAGAUGUCCUACAAAACAAUGUGGGCUGGUCAGCACCAAGACAUCUCUCACUUCAGCUGUAGUGGAGCCUAGUGUGAUACCAGGUAACAAGUCUCCAUUGUCCACAGCUGCUUCCAACAGUUUCUCAGAAAUUCCAGAGGAAAAUGCUGAGUAUGAUCCCAAGUCUUCAUACACCACAAUGAAGCCCACGAGGAAUGCUUUGCUGAGAUCUCAUCCCAGCCCCUUCAUGGGACUAAGUGGUGCAAGAACCAGCACUUAGCUGUCACUACUCCAGCCAAUAACCCUAUGCACACAUUUUCUUCUAUGAGUUUCAGUCUCUACACUGCUUAGCAAAAUUACUGGUUGCCUGAGCUUUUGUAUUUUUUUUUCUGAAUUUGCUUAUUGCAUUGUCUUCUUGGCCUAUGAACUGCUUCAGUUUCACUGUGUUUCUAUUGCAGCUUCAAUACAAAACUGAAUUACAAAACCAAAUUAUUAUUUUGUAGUGGCUGCAGCUUUGGUAUAACAAACUAAACAGGAUCAAGCCCA